GAGGGAAAGAGAGAGAGAGAGAAAGAGGGAGGGAGAGAGAUAUGGGCAGCCCGAUGCAGCAGCAAGAGGCUAAGGAAGGAAUCAACGACGAAGUAGCAGCUGCUGGUCAUGUGGAGCUGACCCUAAACAACAAUACCCACGAUGAAUUUGAUCUUGAAAAAGAUCAAAAGCCCCAGAAACCUGGAUGGCUUAACUUCCUGUCAUUUGUAGGCCCCGGUUUCCUUGUUUCAUUGGCUUACCUUGACCCCGGCAACUUGGAAACUGAUUUGCAAGCAGGAGCUGCCCAUGGAUAUGAGUUACUGUGGGUGAUCCUGAUUGGACUGAUCUUCGCUCUCAUAAUUCAAUCACUUGCUGCAAAUCUUGGUGUCACCACCGGGAAACACUUAGCAGAGUUAUGCAAGGCAGAAUACCCAACCUUUGUGAAGUAUUGCCUAUGGUUACUGGCAGAGGUUUCUGUUAUAGCAGCAGAUAUUCCUGAAGUUAUAGGAACAGCCUCUGCACUACAUAUACUCUUUCACAUCCCACUGUGGGUUGGAGUUCUCCUCACUGGUUUGAGCACUCUCCUACUUCUUGGCUUGCAAAGAUAUGGGGUGAGGAAGCUGGAGAUGUUGGUCACAUUUAUGGUAUUCGUAAUGGCUGCAUGUUUCUUUGGGGAAGUGAGUUAUGUGAAGCCCCCUGUUAAAGGUGUGCUCAAGGGAAUGUUCAUCCCCUUGCUCAAGGGUCCGAGCACCACCGGCGACGCCAUCGCCUUACUGGGAGCUUUAAUCAUGCCGCAUAACCUUUUUCUCCACUCAGCUCUCGUGCUCUCAAGGAAGAUACCAAAUUCUGUCCGAGGGAUAAACGAUGCAUGUCGAUUCUUCUUGAUAGAGAGCGGCAUAGCGUUGUUUGUAGCAUUCUUGAUAAAUGUUUCAAUUGUCGCGGUCUCAGGAGCUGUUUGUUCGGCAGAGAACGCCUCUCAAGAUACCUUACAACAGUGCAACAAUAUCGACCUCAACUCUGCUUCUUUCCUUCUCAAGAAUGUACUGGGAAGAUCAAGCUCCACUGUCUACGCCAUUGCAUUACUAGCCUCAGGACAAAGUUCCACAAUUACAGGCACUUAUGCUGGACAAUAUAUCAUGCAGGGUUUCUUGGAUCUUAAGAUGAGAAGAUGGCUGAGGAACCUAUUGACUAGGUGUGUUGCCAUUACACCAAGUCUCAUUGUCUCAAUCAUCGGCGGUCCUUCGGCAUCUGGCGGCCUCAUUAUCAUCUCAUCGAUGAUACUAUCAUUUCAACUUCCGUUUGCUCUCAUCCCACUCCUUAAAUUCAGUAGCAGUAGCACAAAGAUGGGACCACACAAGAACUCCAAAUAUAUUAUUGUCAUCUCGUGGAUCUUGGGGAUUGGACUCAUGGGCAUAAACAUCUAUUACCUGAGCACAAGCUUCAUCGGCUGGAUGAUUCACAGUAGUUUACCUAAAGUUGCAACCAUGUUUAUUGGAAUAUUAGUGUUUCCGUCAAUGGCUAUAUAUGUUAUUGCGAUGGUAUAUUUGGUGUUCCGAAAAGACACAGUGGUGACAUUCAUUGAGCCAAUUAAGCUAGAGAACGGUCAUGCCAAAAACGACAUAGAGCCUGGGUCAGACCAAGUUCCUUAUAGGGAGGACCUGGCUGAAAUCCCUGUCCCGGAGUAGGGAUUAUAUUGUCAACUAUCCUGUGUAUUGGAGGAAAGGUGGCGGUGGCGGCAGCAGUGGUGGUGGUGGUGGUGUGUGUGUGUGUGGCGGCGGACUGAGUUCCAUCUGUCCCUUACUUUGUAGUUGUAUCGGAACAGAUUAUUUGAAAGGCUCAAAGUUCAGCCUUAAUGUUUUCGUGAGUUUGGUGCUCGUGAAGCACCACUGGUAUGACAAUCUGGGUCGUUCCAAA